AUGGCCUCUGCAACUGCCACUGCCACGAUGAUGGCCGCGGGGUUCGAUAAGAGAGCAAGCACUGUAUCUUCYCUGCAGACUCCCGGAUCUGGAACUUUUCCUUCGGAAAUGCUGAGUCCCAUGGCACCCUCUCCUGGCUUUAUGAAGCGCGAAGAUGCCCUCAAGACUCCCAUUACCCCUCCAUCUGCAUACCUGGACUUUCUUAAGAACAUGUCUCCCGCUGUGAUGAGUCCAGCUUCCGCUACUAGUAUGCGGUUCAGUUUCAACGACAAGACCUUCGACAGAAGCUUCGAAAUGCCUCUUGACAAGAUCGUUGAUGUAUCUGGAGCAAAGCCAUCAACCAGUCCACCAGCAUCCCAGCCUGCUGUUUCCAGGAAUACGUCGUACGGGUCAACAGAAUCCGCCCUCUCUCGCAACACAUCUUACGAAUCAACAUCAACCGAGCGGACUGUUGCUUCUGUAAGCAGUGCCGCAUCGAAUGGUGCUUCACGACCACAGUCACCACGAAUCAUAAUCCCACCAUCUCCUUUUGCAAAACCUGCACCCAGAUCGGCCCGGACKCCAAGACGAUUACGCAUUCCCCAAUCGCCAUUCUCUCCAGCUCUCACAUCCGCACAGUCAAUGCCAUCACCAUACUCCUCCACACCGCUCAGUGCAGCACCAUGGAGCGCAACAUAUUCGCCCCAAGAAUCCAACAUCGAUGCCAUCGGGCAACCUGGCAAAGUACACGUCCGACAAGUAGUGACCCGGACCGUCACCUACUGCCGAACACCAUUGGACCCGGCACCCAAGGGUAAGAGAAGAAAGCUCGAAGUCGAAGACGUAUCAUCGACGCUGUCAGAGGAACCACCAUUGAAACAAGAACGUAUCGAGAAGAUCGAAGAGGCAUCGCCUGCCUUGUCGAUAUGA